AUGAAAUCAGCCCUUGCACAAAUUAAUUCCAUCUAUAAGCCUAAAAGAAAACGUAAAUCAGCCUGAAAAGUUCACAAGAAUUCUCAGGACCAUAGUAAACAAGAAAACCACCUAAACAUCAGUAUCAAUAAACUUCAGAAUCGAAUGAGCCCAAUUCAGGAAGAUCCGUCUUUAAGAAGCAUUUCAGUGCUGAAGCCUAGAGAAGAACAAUUAUCUUUACGCAAUGAAACAAAAUCAGUGGAGCCUCCUAAACUCCCAUCAAUAAAUUCUCGAUCUCCAGAACCAUUUACUCCGAAGCAAAAUAUACUGCCUUAUUUUAAUUAAAUUUAUAUAUUUGAUAAACUAUUUCCAAAAUCUAGAUAUUUAUAUGAUAAAUGCUAUAGAUUUUAUACUAAAAAUCAAUUAAAAAAGAAUAAAACUUUAUUCUCAACAGCAAGCUCAUUUGAUUCAGACUUCCAGAAACUUGAGCUUCUUGUAAAUAGAAACAACUCAGCAAGGCACAAUUUAUUGACAGUCCAACAGCAAAUAAUGGAGCUUGGUGUAAAGCAAAUCAUGAAAGAAAAAUUUCAAAGUAUUGAGGAAGAUCCUGAAAAUUAUGUAAAAAUUGAAGAACAUUUACCACAUCAGAGAUAUGAGAAUAGAGGGAUACAUUUUGUAGGAGCGAGAAAAGAGCCAUUUCCAGUGCGAAAGGCGUUUAAACUUCCACCAAUAUGUUAA